GUGCGCGCGCUCGGGGGGUGCGCGAGAGAGGAGUGCGCGGAGGUGGCGAUUUCGGCGCUCGGCGCGGCGCGCGCGGCGGCGCGAGAUCGAGCCGACGCCGUCGUCGUGGUGCGCGAAAUAAUCGCGCCGAGCUUGACGCAUCGUUCGAGUAAAGUGCGUCAACACGCGCUGUGCGCGCUGCGGGAGACGAUGUCGGCGAGCGGGUACGACGACGUCGCUUUUCAUCUCACGGGUGGCGGAUAUCGAGGCGACGACGACAGUCGUCGCGUGAACUAUUUUGGCGCGCUCGCGUGCGAUCGAUCGCCACUCGUGCGCAUGGAAUUCAUUCGAUUAUGUGGAACGAUUGUUAAUGUCCGUCGCGAUGAUCAAAUGCCGCGAGUGCUUCCUUACAUACUCGGUGCGUUGAAGGAUGACAUCGACGACGUGCGCGCCGUGGGCGAAGAAGUCGCGCAUUCCUCGGCGGAGGAUUUUGAAGAUUUGGUGUGUCGACACCUCGGCGACGUGCUCGUUCCAGCGCUCAAUGAGCUCAGCGCGCACGCCAGCGUCGGUUGGCGCGAAGAUGUCGUGCGGCGAGUGUUGGAUUUGUUGGAGGCUGCGCUGCGCGUCGCCGGAGAGCGAGCGACACAGUUUGUCCCAAACGUGCGCGAAGGUUUACAAGAGGUGCUCGCGGUGGAAACUUUCGAUGAAAAUACGAAGCGACGAGCGAUCGAAGUGGAAAAGUGCAUGAUUAGCGCGCACGUACAACAGUUUUAUUGA